AUGGCGCCUAAAGGUAAAACGGCGGCCGUGGAAACUAAUAACGGCGACGGUGGAAAGAAAGAACACCGUUAUAGAGGAGUGAGAAAGAGGCCAUGGGGUCGUUACGCCGCCGAGAUCACAAAUAAGUCUCGAGUUUGGCUCGGCACUUACGACACUCCCGAAGAAGCGGCUCGUGCCUACGACAAAGCCGCUGUCGCUUUCCGUGGCGCAAAAGCCAAAACCAAUUUCCCUCGACAUUUCUUUGUCCACAACGAGAGUCCAAACCUAAACGGCACCAUCGGAUCAUCUUCGAGGAUCACGAAUAAUCUUGAAACUAGGGUCCCUUUCCCGAAGAUUCAGGUCAAGUCUGGGAUGAUGGUGAACGAGGAGUCGGAAGCGUCAUCUGUGGUGAUGGAUCGUAGUCCGGAGAGACCAUCACGCGUGCCCUUGGAUUUCGAUCUCAAUUUCCCUCCAAAUCCUGAGAACUAG